AUGCCGAUUCGAAACCCUUUUACUCGCCGCCCCGGCGCUCUGGUCACAGUCGAGGACAAUGUUUACACCGACCAAGAGCGCAUUUCGCCCGGCUUUGAGCGAGUCGACACCGUGGGAUCCAAGGCGUCGUCGGCUCUCAGCAUCCGCAGCGCCAGAAGUCAGGAUACCGGCGAGUAUAAGAUGAGUGUCGUCAAUGACAGCGGCGUCUAUCUCCCUCCCUCACCGUCGGAGGAAAAGGCCCACUGGCCGCGCAGGUAUCUCUCGUCGCGAGAAUCGUCAGACAGCUCUGGCGAUAUUGAGCAGUUUUCCAUUUCUCGAGAGUCCUUUGACUCGUACCGACGCUCAUUUGAUAUCUCGGCACGAUCCCCCAUUUCUGCGUACGACGUUCCCGCUCGCCAGAGUCUCGACUCAGCUCGAUUCGCUCGAAUGCCUAGGUCGGCAAUCAACCGUCACAUGGAGCAACUGCCCACCGCCGAGGAAAACUUUGAAGACGUCGGGCUCGAGGACCAGAAGCAGCCGCCCCGCAAACGAGGCUUCUUCUCCAAAUUGACAGAGACUCAAGAGAAGGACUCCUCGGCCCAGACGGGAGUUUCGAGAUUCCUCAUGCCUGGUCGGAAGAGGGCGCAAAGUGGUCAAGGGGCCGAAUUAGCUGCAAUGGACCAGCCGGCACUGACCUCAUCAGACUGA